AUGCCGAAAGUCCAGGCGGAUGAUAUGACCCUCCGAGUCCAGGAGGUGCUCGACAAAUUCGGUAGUCCACCAUUAGCUGAAACGCCACUUGCUAAGAAAGCAUGCUCUCCAACCCCCGAGGGAGUGCUUGCGAUGAUUAUUGAUGCGAUGCUCAAGUCACGCCCUGUUCAACAUGGCCUUUCGCAAAGAACCGUCAAUCACCUCAUUGAAGUAGGUUAUCACGACGUCAAUAAGCUGUCAGACAGUACCUGGGAAGAACGCACGGACGUGCUACGAGAGAGUGGAUACAAUCGGUAUCGAGAGCAGGCUGCGACCAACCUAGGUGCGCUGGCGGAAUUUGUACAGGAGAAAUAUGACGGCGACCUUAACAAUCUACUCCAACAAGGCCGGGCUGAAAGAGACGAAGUCGGACGCCUUGUGAAAGAUAUCAAGGGAGUCGGCGAUCUGGCCGAGGAACUUUUUCUCAACAACGUUCAGAGCGUCUGGCCCUCUAUGACCCCCUUUGUCGACUCGCGGAGCCUCAAAACGGCUGAUGAGAUUGGAAUAGGGACAGAUGUGGAAGCUAUAUAUGACGUGGUACAGCGAGAUCCUAUGAAGAUGAGCCGAUUAGCCAACGGGCUGUCAACGGUGCGUCUAGAGUAUAGGCAGCAGGGCAUCAGUAUCUAG